AUGAUGGCGUUGCUGCCGGAAUUCGAUCCAGCGGACGUGGGCGCCGGCCGCGGCCUCAUCGACCGCCUCACCGCCGACGCCGCGGCGCUGCAGAGGGACGUCCUCGCGGAGAUACUCAGGCGGAACUCCCACACCGAGUACCUCGGCCGCUUCCUGGAUCGCGCAUCACCAGGCGCCUCGGCCGCCGACCUCCGCGACGCCUUCAAGGAGCGCGUGCCCGUCUCCGCGUAUGAGGACAUCGAGCCGUACGUGCGCCGCGUCGCCUCCGGCGAGCCGUCCAGCAUCCUCUGCUCCGAGCCCAUCACCCACCUCCUCACAAGGUAA